GUCUCGGAAAAAAACUUGCCUUUCAUAUUCGGCAAGGACAAGGCUCCGCCCGCCGCCACCGCCUCCGCCCCGGCUAUAAAGCUCCGCCCUUUGGCCGGCCCGCUCGGCCUCUCUCCGUCCGGGCCGCGCCUCUCGCCUCCUUCAUUCGUCCUUGGCCCGUUCGGGCCGCGUGGUGGUCUCCGUGCCCGCUCGCGCCCUGCUCCCUCUCCUCUCCGCAUGCGGGGGCGAGCCGCUCCCCGAGGACGCGGGCGGGCGCCCGGGCCUCGCCCAGCGGGGCUCGGCCAAGUGGCGGGCGACCGGCGGCGGGGGCACCGGCGUCGUGCGCCAGCUGCGCGUGCUCGUCCUCGACUCGUGCCUCUCCUCCUCUUGCGUCCGGUGAGGCGACUCGUCCUCGGUUCUUGCCUCUCCUUGUCUCGCGUCUGGCGAGGCAAUUCGUCCUCGAUUCCUGCCUCUCAUGGUCUCGCUUCUGAUCCUAUGUUGCUCGUCCUCGCUCGAUUCGUCCGUUUAGAGUUGAAGAAUCGCGUCUGAUUUGUUUCAUUCAGUUUUGCUCGUCCUCGGUUCGUCUGUUUUCAAGAAGCGCGUCUGAUUUGAUUGGUUAUGCUCAUCCACGAUUCGACCGUUUAGGUAGAAACCGCGUCUGGUUUGAUUUGCUCGUCCUCGCCGUCGUCCUUAGUUCAGAGUCGCGUGUGAUUUGAUUCUUGCUCGUCCUCGCCGUUGCCCUGAUGCUCUCGCGUGUUCUUGGGGCCAUCUCGUCGGGGGUCUGCGACUCUGGGAGGAAGCGAGCGGUCGGUCAGUUUGGGUCACCGUCUGGUUUGCGAACUAACAAGUCCGUUUGAGAAACUUCUGUUCCUGCGUUUCGUGUUCGCGGUAGAGCUAUGGUUCCUGCGUUUCUUGUUUGAGAAACUUGUGCGUGCGCUUCUGUUAUCUGACGAUCCUGCGUUUCGUGUUCGCGUCGGGGCGACGGUUGCAGGAACGAUCGGUUCUGGUUUCGAAAUUGGAGCAGUGUCAAAUCGGUUCCUCUGUUCCAUCACCUGCGUUGUUCGUUGGUCUCAAACUCAUGCGCCCUUGUGAUACUCUGGUUGCCCUCUGUCGAUUCUUGUUCUACCGGCAGGCGUGUGUGCUCCCAUCCUAGAUGCAGAGAAUCCUGUUCUUGUCUGUUACGGUUGUUCUGACGGUGUUCUUUUCAACUGGUUUCUUGUUAUCAUGCUUUGCUUAUGUUCCCAUAUGGCACGAUUGAUUCAUUGUUGUUUGUUGUUUGAUUGAUUGCCCUGAGAUGGAUUGCUGUUUGUUGUUUGACUGAUUGCCUUGAGAUGGAUUGUUGUUUGUUGCUUGAUUGAUUGCUUUGAGAUGGAUUGUUGAUUGUUGUUUGUUGCCUUGAGAUGGUAGAUGUUUAUAUGGCAUGAUUGAUUCCUGUUUGUUCAUGGUUAUUACAAUUGAUUGAUUGAUGGCUGUUUGUCGAUUGGUAUCUAACUUUGGUAUUGCCAGUUCCUGAUCAUAUGUAACAGACCUAGCACUAUUCUUUUUUCUGAACUUUUUUGUGAUUAUGUCUUAUGUGGAUAUCAUAUUCUUUUUUUGGUAUUACUGUUGUCUAGUCCUUGGAAUAAUGCUUUCUAAGUAUUUAAGGUACACACAUGUUGAUCUGGACAUAUCACAUUUGCUCUUUAUUGUUUUGCUAAGGACACUGAUGGGUUGAGUUGGCAUAUAGCGCAGCCGUGGAUCGCUCAUCAACCUGCUGAGCUCUUUCUGGAUAGGACAGAGGUACAAUAUUUACAUCCAUGGCAGAAGGUUCUUAACCCUGAACUCAUCAAAGGUCCUUGGACUCAAGAGGAAGAUGACAAAAUUAUUGAUCUUGUAAGCAAGUAUGGACCAACAAAAUGGUCUCAUUGCAAGGACCUGCAGAAGGACCCUCCCACCUCAGCGCAGGUCCUGUAAGUGAGGACAUGUUCCACUGGCAGGCCACUAUCAUGGGACCCUCGGACAGCCCGUUUACUGGUGGUCUAUUUUUGGUGAACAUCCAUUUCCCACUGGAUCAUCCCUUCAAUCCCCCGAAGGUCUCUUUCCGCAUCAAGGUGUUCCACCCAAACAUCAACAGCAAUGGCAGCAUUUGCCUUGACAUUCUCAAGGAACAGUGGAGCCCGACUUUGACCAUAUCAAAGGUCCUCCUGUCAAUCUGUUCAUUGCUGACGGACCCCAACCCCAAUGAUCCUCUGGUGCCUGAGAUUGCUCACAUGUACAAGACUGAUUGGGCCAAGUAUGAGUCCACGGCAUGCUCCUGGACACAGGGUACGCCAUGGGUGGAUCUAAAGUCAAAGACGACAAACCAGGUGACUUAUUGGAGUUGCAGGACUAUAAAUCAUCAGUCAUCUGAAUCUUCAUUUGUAAAUAUGACUGCUGGUGCUGCCGAUGAUAUCCAUAUCGACAUGCCCACGCUGUCUGAUGAGGAUAAAGAUGUUAUGAAAAAAAAAGGGGAAAACAAGAUUGACUUCCUCUCUCUUUCUUAUACAAGGCAUGCAGAAGAUGUGCGGCAAGCACAUGAGUUCUUCUCAAAGUUAGGUGAUCUUAGCCAAACUCUGAUUUUUGCCAAAAUUGAGAAUCUGGAGGUAAAUAACAUGUAUUUUUCUCUAUUGAGCUACUUUGUUCGUUCUUUAGGUGUUCUUAUUUCAGAAACCGUUGUUACUCGUGUUGUGGGCAGAAUGACGGACAACCUAAGGCCUACUCGUCCGGAGGCAACUGAUGUGGCAAACGCAGUGCUGGACGGUAGUGAUGCCAUUCUCCUUGGUGCUGAGACUCUCCGUGGGUUGUAUCCAGUUGAGACUAUUUCAACGCUAGGCAGAAUUUGUGCUGAGGCUGAGAAGGUCUUCAACCAGGAUUUGUACUUCAAGCGAACCAUGAAAUACGUGGGAGAACCCAUGACCCACAAGGAGUCUAUUGCUUCCUCUGCAGUGCGGGCUGCUAUUAAAGUUAAGGCUUCGGUCAUCAUUGCUUCACCUCAUCCGGAUAGGAGAAAAAGAGUAUUUCUUCUUAUAGGUGCUUCACCUCAUCUUGUAGUUUAAUAGAAAUUGAUUCAUAUAUUAUGCCGUAUUGAGUAUCUGCAGGCCAAGUACAGGCCCACCAUGCCAUUCCUUGUCUAAAAAUAAAUCAAUUGAAGUGGAGCUUCACAAGCGCAUUUGAAGCAAGACAAUCACUCAUAGUUAGAGGCCUCUUUCCCAUGCUUGUCGAUCCACGUCACCCAGCUGAAUCUACUAGCACUAGAAAUGAAUCAGUGUUGAAGGUUGCUCUUGACCAUGGCAAACCAUCCGGUGUGAUCAAGUCGCAUGGCUUACCUUAGCCAGAAUUUCUAUAAGAAUGUUGGUCAUGUUACAUACCUUGCUUCCUCUAGAACAAAGAUCUGGAUCACCCUCGCCCCUCUAGAGAAAUCGUUUACUCAUUCAGUUCUGGAAAUUCUUUAUAGCUUUUUGAGUUUACUUCGGUCUUGCAUGUAUUAGCUUUCUGUUUGUGCCCCUGUCUAUGUAUGUUUCUUGUGUGCAAGCGCUCCAUUCUGUGUGUGUGACUGUGUGUGGCUUGACUCUGUUUGUGUGGCUUGACUCUGUGUGUGUGGCUUGACUGUGUGUGUGUGUGACUGUGUGGCUUGACUGUGUGUGUGCUUGACUCUGUGUGUGUGUGUGACUCUGUGUGUGCUUGACUCUCUGUGUGUGUGACUGUGUGUGAAUGUUGCAUUUCUUGAUGGUGUGGCCUGUAUGCUUGAGUGAUGAUUGGUGUGGUUUA